AUGGGUGGAAGCACUGCUGAGUCUGCACCCAUCUGUCCAGCAAAACGAGAAGUGGAGCACUUCAGGGGUUCACUGGGGGCCACAGAUGACGUGUCUCGAAAGCAUCACACCUGGAAGGAGCAGAGCCCUUGGCUGUCGUCCUUGGUGAACGCCGUGGGGACCGGUGUGGCUGCCAAGGGUUUCCCCGUGGUGGGGGCCGAGGCGGCAGCGCGCUGGAACCCCCCCCGCUGCGGCGUGCCCGACCUGCCGGCCUCUGCGGACGGGCAGAACGGGAGGAACCGGCAGAAGAGGUUUGUCCUCUCCGGUGGACGCUGGGACAAGACUGAUCUCACCUACAAAAUUAUCAGGUUCCCCUGGCAACUUGUGAAAGCUAAAGUGAGAAGGACCAUCGAGGAGGCUUUGAAAGUCUGGAGUGACGUGACCCCGCUGACGUUCACCGAAGUGCAGGAGGGCCGGGCCGACAUCGUCAUCGACUUCACAAGGUACUGGCAUGGAGAUAACCUGCCUUUCGACGGGCCCGGAGGGAUCCUGGCACACGCCUUCUUCCCCAAGACACACCGGGAGGGAGAUGUCCACUUUGACUACGAUGAGACCUGGACGAUUGGGAACAACCUGGGCACCGACCUCCUCCAAGUGGCCGCUCACGAGUUUGGCCACGUGCUGGGCCUGCAGCACACGGCUGUCUCCAAGUCCCUGAUGUCUCCUUUCUACAUCUUCCGCUACCCGCUCAGCCUGAGCGAGGACGACAAGCAAGGGAUCCAGUACCUCUAUGGGAAACCCAAACGGGGUCCCGACCCAACCCCAACCCAGCCAGCAGAGCUGCCCCAGCCGGACCUGGAGACUAACGAGAUCACCAACGUGGAGCCCCUGCAGCCCGAGGCCUGCCACACAGCCUUCGACGCCGCCGCCACCAUCCGAGGGGAGCUCUUCUUCUUCAAGUCCCGCUACGUGUGGCGGCUGCGAGCGGGAAAGCUGCAGGACGGGUACCCGGCUCUGGCCUCCCGCCACUGGCAGGGGAUCCCCAGCUCCAUCGAUGCCACCUUCGAGGACCCGCUGGGCAAUAUCUGGUUUUUCCAAGAUUCUCAGUACUGGAUUUACGACGGCGAGAGGCGGGUAUCUGGUCCCACCCCCAUGGCGGAGCUGGGCCUGCCUGCGGCCCCCGUGCAGGCCGCGCUGGUGUGGGGGGCUGAGAAGAACAAGAUCUACAUCUUCAGCGGGGGCAACUACUGGCGCUUCAACCCGCACACCCGCCAGGUGGACAACAUCUACCCCCGCACCAUGGCCGACUGGCGCGGCGUCCCCCAGGAGAUCGACGCGGCUUUUCAGGAUGAGUUUGGUUUUGCCUAUUUCCUGAGGGGCCGUGAUUACUGGAAGUUCGAUCCAGUGCAGGUGAAGGUGCUGGAGGGCUACCCACGCCAGGUCAGCCAGGACUUCUUCAGCUGCACGCCCUCCUCCAACUCCUUCAGAUGAGGGGGGCACCUGCCUCCUCCGUGCUCCCCUUUCGUCACCCUGACCUCCAGCAGCCACACAGAGGGUUCCCUCUGCCAUUCCUGGCUUCCUCCUAGGCUCAGCACCUGGCACGCCAUGGGUCUGCCACAAGUGACCAAAGUUUGCUCCUCUUGAGUUCCAGCAGCCCCAGUCUCAGUUGCUAUCGAUAUAAAAACAUUUGCCACGUUCUUUAUGGGCAAGAGCGGCCACUGAACCCUUAAUGUGGCCACACUCUUCCAGCAAUACCAUCCCCGAAGCCAUCAGGCCAGCCUGGAGUGGGAUCACGCUCUCCUAAUUAACCCGGACCCCAUCACCUAGAAGUGACCUGAUGGUAUUUCCUAUGUUUACAUCGCUCACAGCAGCCCUUUGCCACUCCAGAUGUGGGCCUGGGAGGAGGAGGAGAAGGAGGAAGGCUUCCACGGAGUCACCCCCUGGGCCUUGGCGGACACUGACUGCCUGGGGAGGGACACAGACGUGCGGCUGCUGCCGGGGCCACCCCGCCAGGGCCCCGGGGUGAGGGCCAGGGCCCCACCGCUGCCCCGCUCCCGGUUUUACGUGUAUCCCCAGCGCGCGGUAGGAUUUUGUACUGAUUUGUGUACAGACAAGGGACCCCCUCCCUCCAUCCCUCUCUCCCCCCGGCGGUGGGUGCCAGUGCUGGACGCUGCCCCGCCGCCCCCUGCGGCUCUCCACUGCACUGACGGGUCCCGCACCAGCCUGCCCGGUCCGCCCGCACACCGGGCUGGGGGCUGACCCCCCCCACAGCCCCCUCC